GACAGCAGCGGAGUGGACGUACCGCGGUGGAUAGUGGAGACGCGCUGAAAAUAGUGGACAGAGUGGACGAGUUACCAGCGGCGGUGGACGAACUGGAAUAGAGACACCGUGGUUGUGAAAAAUAUUGUGCGCUUUUGCAAUAAAUAAAGCACACCACAGUACAACAACACAACAUAAAAACGAGAGGAGCGCCGUGUUAAUCACUACGAACGAGCCAAAUCGCCUGCGUUCGUGUGAAGUCGAUUCGCGGAUCAAGUGCGAAUCACGCCGAGGAUAGAACGGCGGGUAGCCAAUAGGACGGCGCGUUACGGACUGACAGGACGGAGCGUUUGAGACGGACCGUAUCCCGAACUCAAACGGAGCUCGAUGCCGCGACUGGGCAGCUCCGACCGGUGCCUGGGUACGGACCGGAAGUAUGUCGCUUCCGGUGAUCCCGCCGUCAUCCUGACGGCCUAUACAUUGUCGCUGCAGUACACAGAGAUGAGCGAAACCAAUGGCAAACAGACGAAGGAGCCCAUCACGACAGCACAAACGCCCGAUAUGAACGGGAAAGGAGCAAAAAAUGUCGAUGCAGAAGGAAACGAGGGCGCCGCCGACCAGGAGCGGGACCAGUGGAGCAGUCCGAUCGAGUUCCUGCUCUCCUGCGUGGCCAUGUCGGUCGGUCUGGGAAACGUGUGGCGCUUCCCGUUUACGGCGUACGAGAACGGAGGCGGCGCCUUCCUCAUCCCCUAUUUGGUGGUGCUGCUCUUCAUCGGAAAGCCGCUGUAUUUCAUGGAGCUCGCCAUGGGCCAGUUCUCGUCGUACGGCUGCGUCCGAGUGUGGAACGUGGUGCCGGCCGCCAGAGGCGUCGGGUACGGCCAGAUGAUUGGCACCGCCUCCGUCGUGUCCUACUACGUGGCGCUCAUGGCGCUCACCGUGUUCUACUUCUUCGCGUCGUUCUCGGCGGUGCUGCCGUGGACCUACUGCGACCCGAGCUGGGCCGACAUGAGCCACUGCGUCGACCCGACCACCAACAUCUCGGAGCUGAACCACACGCACGGAGAUGACAGCCUGAUCGGAUCCACCGAGAUGUACUUCAUGAGGAACGUGUUAAAGGAGCUACCCAACAUCGACGACGGUAUCGGGACGCCCGAGUGGAGACUGACGCUCUGUCUGGCCUUCUCGUGGAUCGUGCUGUUCCUGACGCUGGUGAAGGGUGUCCAGAGCUCUGGCAAGGUGGCCUACUUUACAGCGCUGUUCCCGUACGUGGUUCUGAUCACCCUGUUGGUCCGUGGGCUAACGCUACCCGGCGCCAUGGAUGGAGUGCUCUUCUACCUGGAGCCGCAGUGGCACGAGCUGCUCAACCCAAAGGUGUGGUACGCGGCGGUGACGCAGUGUUUCUUCUCACUCUCCACCGGCUUCGGAGCGCUCAUCAUGUUCUCCAGCUAUAACGGCUUCAAACACCCCGUCGCCAGAGACGCCACCAUUAUCAGCAUCACGGACAUGUUGACCUCCUUCCUGGCGGGCUUCACCAUUUUCGCCAUCCUGGGUAACCUGGCUCACGAGCUGGACACCACGGUGGACCAGGUCAUCAAGGGCGGCGGCACGUCACUGGCCUUCAUCUCGUACCCGCAGGCGCUAGCCAACUUCCACACCCUUCCACAGUUGUUCGCGGUGCUGUUCUUCCUGAUGCUGUUCACGCUGGGCGUGGGCUCGGCCACAGCUCUGACCGGCUGUAUCAUCACUGUCGUGUGUGACAACUUUCCCAACUGGGCGCGCUGGAAGGUCUCCGCCGGCAUCUGCAUCGCCGGCUUCCUCAUCGGACUCAUCUACGUCACACCGGGCGGUCAGUUCCUGCUGAACCUGGUGGACUACUUCGGCGGCGGAUUCAUCAUCUUCGUGCUGGCCACGCUGGAGACGAUCGCCAUACACUGGGUGUACGGCAUCAACCGCUUCUGUGACGACAUUCAGUUUAUGAUCGGCCAGCGGCCCAACAUCUACUGGCGCUUCUGCUGGGCCGUCUUCAUCCCCAUCUCACUGAUCGCCAUCUUCAUCUACUCGCUGGUCAAGAUGGAGCCGCUGCUGUACGGAGAUGUCGGCUACCCAGACAUCGCCAUCACCUGCGGCUGGGUGCUGACUGGCUGCGCGCUGGUCCCGCUGCCCGUCUGCUUCAUCCACGCCAUCUACGAGAGCCCCCACAGCGGCCUGAUGAACAAGAUCCGCCACUCGUUCCAGCCGAACCGGCAGUGGGGCCCGAUGAGGUCGCUGGACCGCGAGGCGUGGCUCAUCCACACAGGCCAGGAGGAGCGACUGCACGGCACACAGGCCAACCUGAACGCUGCGUUCGCCGCCAGCACGGCUGAGCUAGACACGGCAGGAGGAGGGGACGCUCCGGCCGAGCCCGAGACCCGAACACAGCUGUAGGGUCCCCCUGCAGAGGGAUUGCGGAGGUGUAGAGUGAACGACAGCUGGUGGAGCGGUUAGGAGGGUAAAGGAAAGAGAUUUGGAAGAGAGAGAGAGAGAGAGAGAGAGAGAGAGAGAGAGAGAGAGAGAGAGAGAGAGAGAGAGAGAGAGAGAGAGAGACCCACAAGUGUGUGCUGUGCGAUGAGCAGGAUUAUUACGGGCUAUGGAAGAGCCCGGAUCGAGUGAGGAGCGUAAUUACGCCCCAGUCACUGUGGAGACCAGUGUUUCCUAUUGAAACUACAUCCCUACCCAGUACCCACAGGGAGGGAUGUAGUUACGACGUGCAAAGAUGAGAGAUUCGGUGUGAUACACUGUGGUCAAGAUAGUGAGGUGGGUGUGUGUCUUCGGUAACGCGAGUCAGACAUGGCAUCUGAUAUCUGAGGAACGUAUAAUGAACUGAAGUGGGCAUUAGCUACCAAUUAGCACAACAAUCCAGCAAUAAUUGUGUUGACUCAUCCGAGAAAGUUGAAAUGCACGAGCUGGCUACCCACGACAAACGUUGUGAUAGGGACAAAAGGCGAACUAGCAUCUACAAAUUUAGACAUCUUUGGGUUGUAGGAACUCCGUGAAUCAUAAUGAUAUCCCGUGGGACCAACUACGCAAAAAGCCAGUACCUUAUAAUUAAGAACAACUUUAAAAUGUAUUCCGUCCAAGAACCCUGUCCAUAUUUCAUGGCUGUCUUGCAUGAUUGAUCGCUUAUGAUUGUCGCCAUUUGCAUGAGAAGUGUCAGAUUGUAGCACGUUGGAUAGACAUCACACUGCAGCUAGGUAAACUAACGAAACUAAAGGCGUACUGAGAAAGGAGAUGGGCGAAAGUUUUAGCUUAGAUCGAGUGAUUGAGCAUUUGAACAAGGCAUUGUACCAUGGUAUCACGUAUCACGAUGUGCCGAGUGUCUGACACGAUGCAUCGAGUUUCUUAUAUGUAUCUUGGUCUGACACGACCAGUUACAAGGCCAAUGGACUUCUUUGAAUAGUUUUACGCGUGCAUUUUAUGUAGCAACGGUGUAACGCUGUAAUUUAUUAAGUGACAUUGAUUUGAAAACCGACAGAAAUCAAAUAUUCUGCUGGUCCCAUUUACGAACAAUUUGUGUGUGUAUUAUCCGUACGAAGAAGCUGGUUAAAUGUAAGAGCAUCAGGCAUUAUGUGAAGCCGUAAGUAGCGCGAACACAGUGUGGCAACAGCGAUUGUCUUUUGCUAUGUGGUUUCUUUAAUUAUGCAUCUAUGCUGUCAUGUGAAAACUUGAGGAUGCACAAUGGCACUAACACACGAUAAUUGUGAAUAUAUGGAUGUCCAGUUACAUGAAUACAUACUACAUAUGCAACAAGUAA